AGGCGCCCUAAGAUUUGAAAUAGGAAAGUCGGCGCGGCUUCGGGACCUGCUUCUGGAGACCCAGUUUUGGCUCGAAUUGGUUCAGUUACACUACCGACAAGUCCCUCGGAGAUAAAGAUGUCUUUCCUGGAAUCUUGCAUCUUAACGGUGGUUAAGUCCAGGUGGCUUGAUCUGCCUUGGAGUAUAUAGAGUUAAAACAUUUUCUUCCAAAAUGAUAGAGGACGAACUUGCACUAUUUGAUAAAAGCAUAAAUGAAUUUUGGAAUAAAUUCAAAAGCACUGUCAGUGACACUUCCUGUGGGAUGGUGGGGCUAAGAGACACCUACAAAGACUCCAUCAAAGCAUGUGGAGAAAAGCUGUCCGUGAAAUUAAAGGAAGAAGAACGAAUGGUUGAGAUGUUUCUGGAAUAUCAAAAUCAGAUCUGUAGGCAGAAUAACCUCAUUCAAGAAAAAAAAGAUAACUUGUUAAGGUUGAUUGCUGAAAUAAAAGACAAAAAGCAGAAACUGGAAGUACUGACUGCAAAUAUUCAGGAUCUUAAGGAAGAAUAUGCUAAGAAGAAGGAAACUAUUUCUGCUGCUAACAGAGCUAAUGAAGAGAGGUUGAAAAGACUACAGAAAUCUGCAGACUUAUAUAAAGAUCGACUUGGACUAGAAAUUCGAAAAAUUUAUGGUGAUAAAUUACAGUUUAUAUUCACUAAUAUUGACCCUAAGCAUCCUGAGAACCCAUUUAUGUUUUCCCUCCACCUAAAUGAAGCCAAGGAAUAUGAAGUGUCAGAUAGUGCUCCUCAUCUUGAGUGCCUGGCAGAAUUUCAAGAGAAUGUAAGGAAGACCAACAAUUUCUCGGCCUUUCUUGCCAAUGUUCGGAAAGCUUUUACUGCUAUGGUUUAUAAUUAACGUAUGAAUAGUAUAUAAAAAUUGUUCAUUUUUCUUCCCUAUUGUGUAUCUCGCUCUCUUUUUUUUUUUUUAUCGUCGUGUAUCUCUUUUAAAAAGAAUUCUCAUUAUCCAUUGUUUGCCUAUAAUUUUUUUGUAUUUCUGUAACAUUUCUGUGUGGUGUAUUUCUUUAAAUUAUUUUAAUUAAAAUCUUAAGAAAUAAAAUUUAUAAAGUCAAAUGUGUCCUUUCUAAAAU